GAAGUAGCAUCAUCUCCUCGCAUCCCCCACAAUGAACAGAAAGCGUAUUUAUUCCUGUUAGAUAUAUAUUUCUAAUGCACGUAUAUCAUCUUCGCCCGUCAGGACUUCCAACCCGCUAACCCGCUAGAAAAGGAGCGGAUCCACUUCCUGCAUGCCUGCAAAACUAGUUCCGCUCAAAUGUUUACAUCGGGAAACAAGCAGUAUGCACACUACAGACUCCUAUUUGGCUAAAUAAACUAAUAUCAAUGGUGGCUGGUGAUACUUUCUAAAUAACACGUGCAUCAUACUGUGAAAAGGAGCUCAGCGGCAGAAUGGAUGUUAAAAGCCCCAAGGAGGAACCGUGUGACCCAAUGCCCCAUGGGUGGAUUAGAGAAGUGAGGCAGAGAAGAACAGGCAAGACAGCAGGAAAAUUGGAUGUUUACAUAACAAGUCCUGCAGGGCAGAAAUUCCGCUCAAGAGCAUCCUUGCAUGCAUUCCUGUUAAAAGGUGGAGGAGUAAACCUGGACAUGAACUUUUUUGAUUUUACUACAUCCAGAGAUGAGUUACCUAGCUCAUCAUCACUUCAUUCUGAAGAAAAGCAGAAGAGAGGGGAGCAAAAGGGAGCAGGUGGGUGUAAGGAGAAGAUUGAUGAAUAUCUGAACACUCCCUCACGUAAAUCUAAAAGACACUCUUCCUCCUACAGAAGUAAAGCUAAGGACACUGUAGUAAAGAUUGUAGAGAAUGACUUGUUGUGCAAUAAUUUUCCAGAGAUCUCUACAGAUAUAGAAAAGGUUUGCGAAGAUAAACGUAAAGAGUCUGUGCAGAGCUGCUCACAUGUUGCACCAUCACAGUUAGUGGAUGAUGCACAUUGGAGCAAUCAGAGAACAGGGCUGCUGAGAGACAAGAUACUCAGACUUGCUCCUGCCAGAAAUCAACAAAACUCCUUCCCUCUUCACGAAAACAAACUGGCAGAGCUGCAGCCUUCAGCCCUAGCUCUGAAUGCUGAAGCUGAGAGCAUGAAUGAUGGCGAGAGUGCACCAGACACAGAUGUUACACCGAAUCACAGCGAAGGUGACAAGUCUAAUUCUGAAGUGGCGGGUGAUGCUGACAGUCACGAGGAAGAGGAGACGGAGGUGUUGUUACCUGACAGCAUCACCAGGAGCAGCACACCCAGGAAUAAGUCUAAGAGUUUGGAGAACAAGUGGAGAACAAGCCCUUAUUUUAGCAAGAAACCUCUCCGAGAAGGACUCAGCCCACCCAGGAGAAAGGCUUUUAGGAAAUGGACACCCCCUCGAUCUCCCUUCAACCUCAUACAGGAAACCCUUUUCCAUGACCCUUGGAAGCUCCUGGUUGCCACUAUUUUUCUGAAUAAGACCAGCGGUAAGAUGGCCAUUCCAGUGCUAUGGCAGUUCUAUGAGCGCUACCCAUCAGCGGAGGUGGCCAGGGAGGCCGACUGGAAGCCCAUGUCUGACCUCAUGAGGCCACUUGGGCUGUAUGAACUCCGGGCCAAAACAAUCAUCCGAUUCUCAGAUGAAUAUCUGAACAAACAGUGGCGUUAUCCUAUUGAGCUGCAUGGCAUCGGCAAGUAUGGCAACGACUCCUACAGGAUCUUCUGUGUUGAAGAGUGGAGACAGGUGACCCCUGAAGAUCACAUGUUGAACAAAUAUCACGCCUGGCUGUGGGAGAACCAUGAAGCACUGGGAAUCUGAGUUCCCAGCGUGAUGAUGGACCAAAGGUUUUAGACUCAUUUAUUCACUGUAAAACUAUUUAACCCGAUUUGUUUACUUGUACUUGUGUUUAAUAAAACAUUUUAAAGGUCCUAAUAA